AUGAUGGACUUGGAGUUCCUGUCAAAGAUCCUGGGCUGGUCCUACUUUCUCUGCUGGGGCCUGGCUUCUUAUCCUCCUAUCCUCCUUAACCUCCGCUUACGCUCAGUCGAAGGCAUCUCGUUGGACUUUCUUUACCUCAACAUUGUCGGUUAUCUCUGCUACACAACAAGCAUCUGCCUGCUAUACUUCAAUCCUCUAGUUCGCGAGCAAUAUGCAGAUAAAUAUACCCCUAAAACCCCUCUGCCACUGCCUCUGCCACCAGAUACAGCCUCUUCAAGUCCAGUACCAACCCCACACCAGCGAAACUACCCCUUGAUCCAGAUCAACGAUGUUGCAUACACUGUUCACGGUCUCAUCUGUGCACUUGUAGUCUACGCACAGGUCCACUUUGCCGGUUUUAAGCGCCAUAAGUCUCAGAGAGUAUCCAAGUAUACACAGCUCAUUCUAGCUGCUGUUGGAGCAAUCUGCAUCGCCAUUGUUGGCAGCGUGCUCUAUAUUCCGCAUGCUACGGAUCUCACGCUGCUCGAUGUUGCGGAGGUCCUGGCCUAUGUCAAAGUUGCCAUGAGUACCGCUAAACAUAUACCCCAGCUGCUUUACAAUCACCAACGCAGAUCCACAAAGGGUUGGGCUAUCCAAACAACAGUCCUCGAUGUCUCCGGUGCAGGUCUCUCCAUCUGCCAGCUCAUUCUGGACGCAUACCGCAGUAAUGACAUGGGAAAUAUUCUCGGAAACACGUCAAAGCUGUCUUUGGCGUCAGUCACCAUGAUGUUUGGUGCUAUAUUUCUUAUUCAGCACUAUGUGCUUUAUCCAAGCACCCGGCCUCCAGAGGUCAUUUGUCUUGAUGGAGGUCUCAAUAAGCAACUUCAUACUUCGUGA